UCUCUCAUCGAGGACGCGUUUGCAUGAAUCACCGGGAGUGGCACUGCGCAUAAUAAGACCACCAUCAAUAAAUCCCAUUUAAUUUACUUGUACCCCUAACUUGCAUGAACCCUUCACCCUUCUUCAUCUAUAUAAUCUCCCUCCUCUCACCAUCCAUCUCUAUCCAGAUAGAGAGAGAGAGAAAGAGAUUGAUUCACCUUAAAAACUAGAGAGAGAGAUUGUUUCACCUUAAGAAGUAGAGAGAGAUCCUUAUAAACUCAGUUUUCGCUCUCUAUUUCUAUUCUCUCCCUUGAGAAUUAAUCAGAAUGAGGUGCAUCGCUGGUUUGAUAGUUUUCACGGCAAUGGUGAUUGCUUCAAGCCUUGAAUGGGUGGUCGCUAUAGGAGGAGGAAAGGCAGGGACAUGGGAGCUCCUCUUAAACAACGCGGGGGUGGUGGCCAUGCACAUGACCCUCACACACCACAACACAGUGAUCAUCUUCGACCAGACCGAAGCCGGCCCCUCCGGCCUGCCAUGCACCGCUGCCUCUUCGGACAAAGCCGACUGCUGGGUCCACUCUAUCGAAUAUGACAUUGCCACCAACACCUUCCGCCCCCUCACCCUCCACACCGACACCUGGUGCUCGUCGGGCUCCUUUCUGAGCGAUGGAACCCUACUCCAGACUGGAGGCAAUGGUAGUGGGAGCCGCAGGAUUCGUAAAUUCCAGCCUUGCUCCGAUAAGCAGUGCAAUUGGGUCGAACUCGAAGACCAGUACCUGUCGGCUGAGCGGUGGUACGCUUCGAACCAGGCCCUCCCUGAGAAAGACCGAGCUAUUGUCAUCGGAGGUCAAUAUAACCAAUCGUAUGAGUUCGUACCCAAGUCGAAUCCGGAUGAGGGGGUGUUCGACCUCCCAUUCUUGAAGGACACCAAGGGCGACAAUCUUUACCCCUUCAUCCAGCUCUCCUCGGAUGGGAACCUGUUCAUCUUCGCUAACAGGGAUUCUAUCCUCUUCGAUUACAAGCGUAACAAGGUGAUCAGGAAGUUCCCGAAGCUCCCGGGGACUGGUGCGAGGAACUACCCGAGCACAGGCUCAUCGGUGAUGCUCCCACUAGACCAUGCCGAUGGCUUCCGACGAGUCGAGGUCAUGGUGUGUGGUGGAGGCGUUAAUGGGUCAUACAGAGAAGCCAGGAAAAAUAAGGUUUUCAGGGUCGGGCAGAGCACCUGUGGUCGGAUGGUGAUCACAGACGAAGAACCCAAGUGGGCAAUGGAGAAGAUGCCUCAACCCCGGCUCAUGAAUGACAUGAUACUGCUCCCCACGGGCCAUGUUCUCGUUAUCAAUGGUGCGAGUCGAGGCUCUGCGGGGUGGGAGUUAGCCACGAGCCCUUUGACGAAACCUUUCCUUUAUAAGCCUGAUGCGAUCGCGGGGCGCCGGUUCUCAUCCGCAAAGGGCACUGCCAUUGCUCGAAUGUACCACUCAUCUGCUAUUCUGUUGCCUGAUGGGCGAAUAUUGGUAGCAGGGAGCAACCCUCAUGCUCAUUACAGGUUUACAGGGGUUAGCUUCCCCACAGAGCUCAGGGUGCAAGCAUACACACCUUACUACAUGGAUCCCUUUUUCGACGAUCGAAGGGCCAUGAACUUGACCAUUGAUGGUGGCGCAGGCGUUGUCUAUCGCGAGAGGUUCGGGAUCGAGUUUUGGAUGGGAAGAAGACCAGGCGUAAUGGAGUUUCAUGCGUAUGCACCACCUUUCGCAACACACUCGACCUCGAUGAACCAGAGGAUGCUGAAGCUGGAAUGUGCGAGUCUGGUUAGAGAGAUGAGUGGGUUUGUAAGGGCUAUGCUGGUUGCUCCUCCAUCUCCCAUUGUUGCUCCUUCUGGUUAUUACUUGCUCUCAGUUGUUAAUGGGGGGUUUCCCAGUAAAGCACAGUGGGUUAGGUUUAUCCAUGGCUCUAAUGCAUGAGCAAAACCACAGUCAUAAUGGUUUGUGUUUUAAGGGAAUGCAGUAGAAUUAUAAUUUUUGCACUUAGUGUAUUGAAAGGGUGGUCACUUCUGUAAUGGAAUCCUAAACCGACCCAUGUCUUUGCUUAUAUUUUAUCAAUCAAAUGAAAAAGGAGAAAAUGUUUCUGUUGUUGUCC